AUGGACUACAAGUUUGUCAAGACUCUACUUUUGAUGCGUGACCUCAAAAUCAAUAUUCGGAAGCGGGCCAUCGCCCAAUUUCUCGAGUUCGAUCGACUCAAUCAAGCCUACGGCGGGAAGGAACAACCCCUUGGCACCAAUCUCCACCAGCUCACGCGCAAGGCCAUAGAGAACCGGCAGCCCGCCCUCAUGGCUGCGAUUGAGAGAUUCAACACUCACCGAGCGCAACUUGUCAAAUUUAUCAAACCCGAAUGGGGCAUUGUCCUCCCCCGUGAACUCCCGGUAAACCUCACAGAACUACGGGACCACUCCGAUCUCAUGGAGGACGUAUGGCUCACGCCCGCUACGGGGGGAGCCCCUCCUCCCAGGUGGUUAGAGAGUGUUGAUGUUCGCCGAGGCAUUCGGGCGAUGCUCACACUUGAGAGGUGCCAAGAGGAAAUCGUGCGCCUCAACCUAGAGGCUGACAACAUGUGUCGCUGGUACGGGCGAGAGAUUGCGAGCGUCGAAGUUGCAAUCAGGGAGACACCCAAUAGACAUAUCGUUUUUCUUCUUGAAGAACACCGGCGCCAAAUCCUCACCCUACCCGGUCGUUGGGCGAGUAAACAAGUUCCGAUCCAUCACUACGAAACCCAUUACAACCGCGCACAAGAGCUCCUUGCCGAGAUGGGGAUGAGCCCAGGCCAAGCCGCCUUGCGGUGGGUGGACCCUGUAGUACUCGAGCUGGGCGAUCCCGACAUUCAACCGUCGGAAGAUGCGGACACUGUGGAAUUGACAGAAGAAGGAUGUCGUCUGCUAGAUGAAGUAUGCGAGGACAGUUCCACGCAAGAACCUCCGCAGUACAUCCCAGCAGUCGUCUGGGAAGUUCCCACCUCGAUCGCACGGGAUACGGAAGUAGCCCGAGCCAUCACCAUCGACGCAGGACCGGGGACUCGCGACCACAGCCUCAGGAGAUUUAGGCUGACCCACCGGGUAGUUGACUUCCCCACGCAGGCCAUAGACAUUCUCAGUUCACAAGGCCGACAACUGGACGACGACUGCAUCAACGGUGGCGCAGCACUUCUGCAGCACCUCUUCACCCCGUUGAAUUCCCCAACCCCAGGCCUCAGCCCAGCGGAGCGGUGCGCCAUUCUCUCCACCUUCUCUCUCGUUUAUGUCAAGAAUAAGCGAGGAAUGAUGAAGGUAUGGGAUAUGGAGAAGGCCACCGAAUACUGGAGCAAGGAACUGUGGUUGCUCCCCAUGCAUCGCCCGGCGCCGGUCGAGCAUUGGGUCCUUUGCGCUAUAUACCCUCACCACAGGCAACUCCUUCUGUUUGACAGCUUUGGUGAGAAAGAGCCGUGGGCGGAUGAACUCCCGCUUAUCAUGAAGCUCAUCGAACACCUUGACUGGACAGCUUUCGCAGCCAACACCUCCACACUGCAGACGAGCUCUACGACGUGUGGACUGUGGGUCCUCGCGCAAAUCGUGGCGCAUGUACGGGGCUUCCACGUUACGGGUGCAUCAGAGCCGCAUCUUCAGCUUCUUCGAGCAUAUCUCUACCGUCAGAUCAUCAAUCAACUCCCCCUCCGGGAACUGCAUUCCAAUUACCACGCGCGUUGA